AUGAUGCAACAUCCAUCGAAAAAAUCGGCUGGCGACAAAAAGCACGUUAAAAAAACGAAAGAUUCACUGCCAAGCAAUAAAAUAACUGUAGGUAGUGAAUACAAUGAAAGUAUUAUAUACAGUUUCCAAAAUGAUUAUGGAAAACAAUUAGAAGAACUUGAACGUGAAGCUGAUAUGCAGUCAAAAGAAAUUGAACUUAACAAUCUUGUUGAAUAUGUUUCACAACUUGUUGAUUUAUUAAAACAUACCGUUCUUAUACCUGAGUUACAAAUUAAAUAUGAUUGGCAUGAAGAUCAUGAACAUCAACUAAAACGUAAUAAAGGUAGUACUGGAAACAGUCUUCUCGACGAUCGAGUUCAACAAAUCGCUAUUGAAAAAGGCUUAACCAGAGAACAAUGGAAACAUCUUCUUUAUUUAAAUUUUACUGCAGGUGAUAGUUUAGAUAUGAUCAAUGUUAGCAAAAGCCAUUUAAAAAAGGUACAUGAUAUGGCAUCACGUCUACUUGAACCCGAAGAAAAAGCAGCUGCCUUUGCUCUUGUUGAUGCUAUUGAAAGAUAUAUGCCGGAAGAUCAUUACAUUGAUAGAUGA